AUGGAACCAGUCAGCUUCUCUCUCGCCGUCGCUGGCAUUCCCGCGAUUUUCGUCUCUUGCAUUGAUUGCUUUCGGUAUGUGAGGCUAAGUCGAGCCUUUGGGGCAGACUUUGGAUUCUGCCUGGCCAAACUCGAGGCGGCAGAGCUAGAGUUCACCAGAUGGGGUGAGGCAAUGGGCCUACUUCACAACCCAUUCGACCCCGAUGCCCUAUUCAAAAUGGGCCCUUGGAAAGAAGACGACGUCAAGAAAGCCAUGAAAUGGCUUGCCCUGAUUGAGGAUGCUUUCGAGGAUGCAAGGAAGACUUCGGAGAAGUUCAAAUUAUCCCACGAAGAUGACGAUGAACCCGAGAUCCUGGAGAUCCCGGACGAAGCAGCCGAGCUCGAAAAAUCACAACAGCCAGUGAAGAAGCUCAUUCUUUCACUUCGACAAGUUAGCAAGCGUCGACAGAAGCUAUCGAGUCUGGGGAGGAAGGCCCAGUGGGCCUUGUAUCGCAAGACCGACUUCGAAAGCUUGAUCGAGACAAUAUGCCGCCUUGUCGAUAACCUGGUCAAGCUCUUCCCCGCUCUCCAGGACCAGCAGAAGCAGUUAUGUAAGGAGGAGGUGCAGGUUGUCGAACCAGAGAGCAUCCCGACGCUUGUCAAAAUCCUCGGCGAUAAUGACAGGCUUCUUAAUCUUGCCAUCACGGAGGAGAUCAGAGAGAAGGGCCACAAGUUUGAAGACGUGAUCAUCGAUGGCAGUGGGUUUACGAGAUUGGGCGACACCUACCAGAAUAUCGCGAACGCAAAGUCCACUCCGAUGUCUGUUUCUAGGAUGCGCGUCGCCGGAUCAGGUGUCACACAUAUUGGACAUCGAUUCACAACUUCGACUCCUGAUGAGGGUACUUCUUUUGUAGAGCACAAGAAGUCUUAG